AUGGCUCAGUUCUAUUACAAAAGGAGCGUCAACGCCCCCUACAGAGACCGCAUCCCUCUAAGGAUAGUUCGUGCAGAAUCAGAACUCUCGCCGUCCGAGAAAGCCUACUUAAAUGCUGUGGAAAAGGGCGAUUAUGCAAGUGUCAAGAAAUCGCUCCAGGAGGCUGAAAUUUAUUUUAAAAUCAACAUUAACUGCAUCGAUCCUCUGGGAAGAACUGCUCUGCUCAUCGCGAUUGAAAAUGAGAACUUGGAGCUCAUCGAACUCCUCUUAAGCUUUAACGUCUACGUGGGUGAUGCUCUGUUGCAUGCAAUCCGGAAGGAAGUUGUUGGAGCUGUUGAGCUGUUGUUGAACCACAAAAAGCCCAGCGGAGAGAAACAGGUGCCCCCCUUACUCCUCGACAAGCAGUUCUCCGAAUUCACCCCGGACAUCACGCCCAUCAUUUUGGCCGCCCACACGAACAAUUACGAGAUCAUCAAGCUCUUAGUUCAGAAGGGAGUGUCGGUGCCCAGGCCGCACGAGGUCCGCUGCAACUGCGUGGAAUGCGUGUCCAGCUCGGACGUGGACAGUCUCCGCCACUCCUGCUCCAGGCUGAACAUCUACAAGGCCCUGGCCAGCCCGUCGCUCAUCGCGCUGUCCAGCGAGGACCCCUUUCUGACCGCCUUCCAGCUGAGCUGGGAGCUGCAGGAGCUGAGCAAAGUGGAGAAUGAGUUCAAGGCUGAGUACGAAGAGUUGUCGCGGCAGUGCAAGCAGUUCGCCAAGGACCUCCUGGACCAGACGAGGAGCUCCCGGGAACUGGAGAUCAUUCUCAAUUACCGCGAUGACAACAGUCUCCUAGAAGAGCAAAGCGGCAAUGACCUUGCCAGGCUGAAACUGGCCAUCAAGUACCGUCAGAAGGAGUUCGUCGCUCAGCCCAACUGUCAGCAGCUGCUGGCCUCCCGCUGGUACGAUGAGUUCCCAGGCUGGAGGAGAAGACACUGGGCGGUGAAGAUGGUGACCUGUUUCAUAAUAGGACUUCUUUUCCCUGUCUUCUCGGUGUGCUACCUUAUCGCCCCAAAGAGCCCUCUGGGGCUGUUCAUCAGAAAGCCCUUCAUCAAGUUCAUCUGCCACACAGCGUCCUACCUGACCUUCCUGUUCCUGCUGCUGCUGGCUUCUCAGCACAUCGACCGGUCGGACUUGAGCAGGCAAGGCCCACCGCCAACCGUCGUCGAGUGGAUGAUAUUACCGUGGGUCCUGGGUUUUAUCUGGGGAGAAAUAAAGCAAAUGUGGGAUGGCGGACUUCAAGACUACAUUCACGACUGGUGGAAUCUCAUGGACUUCGUGAUGAACUCCCUAUACUUAGCAACAAUCUCCUUGAAAAUCGUCGCGUUUGUGAAGUACAGCGCCCUGAACCCCCGCGAGUCCUGGGACAUGUGGCACCCCACUCUGGUGGCGGAAGCGCUGUUCGCCAUCGCCAACAUCUUCAGCUCCCUGCGGCUCAUCUCGCUGUUCACCGCCAACUCCCACCUGGGGCCUCUGCAGAUCUCCCUGGGCAGGAUGCUGCUGGACAUCCUCAAGUUCCUGUUCAUCUACUGCCUGGUGCUGCUGGCCUUCGCCAACGGCCUCAACCAGCUCUACUUCUACUACGAGGAGACCAAAGGCUUGAGCUGCAAAGGCAUACGGUGCGAGAAGCAGAAUAACGCGUUUUCCACGUUAUUCGAGACACUCCAGUCCCUGUUCUGGUCCAUCUUCGGGCUCAUCAAUCUGUACGUGACCAACGUGAAGGCCCAGCACGAGUUCACGGAGUUCGUGGGUGCCACCAUGUUCGGGACCUACAACGUCAUCUCUCUGGUCGUCCUCCUCAACAUGCUGAUAGCCAUGAUGAACAACUCGUACCAGCUGAUCGCUGACCACGCAGACAUAGAAUGGAAAUUCGCUCGGACGAAGCUCUGGAUGAGCUACUUUGAAGAAGGAGGAACCCUGCCGACUCCCUUCAACGUCAUCCCAAGCCCCAAAUCUCUCUGGUACCUGAUCAAAUGGAUAUGGACACACCUGUGCAAGAAAAAGAUAAGAAGAAAACCGGAAAGUUUUGGAACAAUAGGGCGGCGAGCGGCUGACAACUUGAGGAGACACCACCAGUACCAAGAGGUCAUGAGGAACCUGGUGAAGCGCUAUGUGGCUGCCAUGAUCAGAGACGCCAAGACCGAGGAGGGUCUGACAGAGGAUAACUUCAAGGAGCUGAAGCAGGACAUCUCGAGCUUCCGCUUCGAGGUGCUGGGCUUGCUGAGAGGGGCCCAGCUGCCCGGGGUGCAGGCCGCGCCCCCCGCGCAGGACCCCGGCCCCUCGGCGCACCCGGCGGCCAAGGGCGACAGCGAAGGCGGCGGCCGGGACCGGAGGAAGAACUUCAGCCUCUUCGACCUGACCACGCUGAUCCACCCGCGCUCGGCCGCGAUCGCGGCGGACAGACACGGCCUCAGCAACGGCUCGGCCCUGGCGGCGCCCGCGCGCCCACGCGAGCGGCCCCGGAAGGCGCCCGCGGCCGACGUCCGGAACCUCGGGCUGUUCCACCGGCGCGCCCGGCCCAAGGCCGCCGAGCCGGGCGCGAACCACGUCUUCUCCGUCUCGGGGGAGGUCGCCGGUCGACAGGCCGAAGGGGCGCUGGACAGGCCCGCGCCGCUGGAGCCGCGCGCCUUGGCCUCCAGGGCCGACCUGGGCAUCCCGGGGCUCAGCGAACAGUGCGUCCUGGUGGACCGCCGGGAGCGGAAUCCCGACAGCCUGGGGGUGCCGGUGGCCCAGAGAAUGUGUCCCUCCGAGGCAGAGACGGGGGUGGCGGGGGACGCGGUGCCCAUCGUGCCCAAAGGGAAGCGCGCGAGGGGCGAGGACGCGCGUGCGGACCACGCCGCCUCCCUCCCCAGCGCCGCCGCCCACGAGGGGGACGUGACCACGCGAUUGUGA